GGGUACAAGCUCGGAUAUGAUCGGUCUUCCGAACCUGUAAUUGAACUUCUCAUACCAUGAGAACAAUUUGUCUCGGAAAUAAAAGAGUAUGGGAAACUGGAGAAAAAAGACCUCUUUACUAUAUAUAUGGCUGUAUCCUUCGACAUGCCGGUAAUGAAUGCAACUCAAAUCUGAUUGUUUUUCAAACUAUCAACUCCAAAUCCAAACAAACCAUCCACUAUGUCUUCCCUACCAUCUCACCACAACGCCCUAGUCCUCGAAUCAGUAGGUUCAGACUUCCUCAUCAAACCUCUGCCAACUCCUCUUCCGACGCCUGGCAGCGCCAUCGUUCAAAUUUGCUGCACUGGCAUUCUCUCCUACCAUCGUGAAGUAUACAAUGGCUCACGCCCAUAUCCAUUUCCUCUUCCUAUCGUCGGAGGUCUCAGCGCCAUCGCUCGCAUUAUGGCACUUGGGUCUGAUGCCGUUUCUCUUACUGAAGGCCAAUUAGUUUAUGUCGAUUGUGUUGUGCGUGGACGUGAUGAUCCCAGUACUCUUUUCUUGAGUGCUAUUCAUGACGGAUUUAGUCAGGGCAGUAAAAGGUUGAUGAGAGAUGUUUGGAGAAAUGGUACAUUCGCGGAUCUCGCGAGGGUGCCUCUGGAAAAUUGUAUUGCGCUUAACGAGCCAAGACUCUGCGAGGAGUUGGGAUACUCGGUGCAGGACUUGAUGUAUCUUUGUUAUCUUCUUGUUCCAUAUGGCGGAUUAAGAGAUAUCAAAUUGGAAGCUGGUGAGACAAUUGUGAUCUGCCCGGCAACAGGUGGAUUUGGUGGUGCGGGUGUGCAAGUUGCGGCUGCGAUGGGAGCUAGAGUUAUUGCUAUGGGGCGGAAUGAAGAGGAAUUGGAGAGGUUGAAGCAACAUAUCCAAAGAGGAACUCCGAGUGCAACCAUUAGAACUGUCCGGAUGACAGGUGAUGUGGAGAAGGAUGCGGCGGCUUUACAGGAAUUUGGCACAAUUGAUGCUGUACUGGAUAUUUCUCCGCCUGCGGCAGCCAAAUCCACACAUUUGAAGAGCGCAAUUAAUUCGCUAAGAAAAGGAGGAAGAGCUAGUCUUAUGGGUUCCGGAGAGUAUGCCAUUGACAACUGGAAAGUUAUGGGGGAUAACAUCACGUUAAAGGGAAAAUUGAUGUAUGAGAGAGAUGAUAUGGUGCAGUUUGUGAAGAUGUUGGAGAGUGGAUUAUUUCCUAGAGGAAAAGAAUUUGUGGAUGUGAAAUCAUUUAGCUUGGGGGAGUGGAAAGAAGCUUUUGAUAUGGCUGCGGAGUAUACUGGUGUUGGCAGGCUUGUUGUAAUUAAACCAUAAGGCCAUCUAAUUGCACAAGUAGUGAUAAGUCAAGGUUGUUUUUCAAUAUAGAUUGUUAUUUCGGAACACAAAGUAAAGCAGAUCAGCAAUUAAAUCACCCCUCUA